AUGGUGUUCAACGCCGACACUAAUCGAAAUGUUGUCGGUAUCACCGGCAACGUCAUCUCCUUCGGGCUAUUUACUUCCCCGAUCCCGACAUUUUACCGGAUCAUGAAGAAAAAGACGGCGGAGGGAUUCAAGCCCGAUCCUUACCUGGCAACAGUUCUUAAUUGUAUGCUGUGGGUUUUCUACGGAACGCCGUUUAUUCAUCCCGGCAGCCUUCUUGUUCUCACCAUAAACUCUGUCGGUCUAGUACUUGAACUCAUUUAUGUACUCAUUUUCUUUAUCUAUUCCAAGAACAAAGAACGCAAAAAGGUAAUCCUUGUCCUUGCCGGUGAAUUCCUCUUCUUUUCCAUUGUCGUUUCGGUAGCAAUUUUCGCGUUUCAAGGCACUAAGAAAAGGUCUUUAUUUGUUGGUAUUAUGAGUGACAUCUUCAACACCAUAAUGUACUCUUCUCCUCUUACUAUCAUGAUGAAGGUUAUUGAUACCAAGAGUGUGAAAUACAUGCCGUUUUCUCUGUCCUUGGCUAACUUUCUUAAUGGUUCGGUUUGGACCGCUUUUGCCCUAAUCAAGUUUGAUAUCUAUGUGCUUGUAAGCAAUGGUAUAGGCGCGAUUUCCGGUGCUGUACAACUCAUGUUGUACGCCUUCUACUACAGAUCUACUCCAAACGAUGAUGAAAAUCAUGAUGGUGAUCAGAAAUUUUCAAGGCCAAAUGAAAUUCAGCUCUCAACAGAAACAGUCUGA